GUUAAAAUUUCAAAUUCGUAACUACGUGUUUUGAUUGAAUUCUAUGUCUGUAGUCAAGUUUACAUUAUCUAGUGAUGACCAAGACGGUGUUCCAUGCCCAGAUUCUAUUCCUUUGAAAGUUGAUGAAAUAACAAAAAGUAUAGUCGGUCAUCUUAAAACUCAGUGCUCAAAAAUUCUCUCUGGAAGCUGGUCUGAUACAAAUAAUUUCUGUGUUGAGCUAUCGAAGAGUUGUGGACUAAGCAAUUAUUUAUAUAUUGGAUAUUUAAAUAAUGAUAUUAUUUCUUUGGAAAAUGAACCACGUAAAGUACUUAUUCGAGUAUAUGGUGAAGUAUUGAGAAGUUGUACAGACUCAAUUAUCUCUGAUUCAGUUAAUUUUGCAUUACUUUCGGAAAAAAGGAUUGGGCCUAAACUUCAUGGUGUAUUUCCCGGUGGACGAAUUGAAGAAUUUAUUGAGUCCAGACCUUUAACUACACAAGAACUUCCACUAAUUAUUGAAGUAGCAGCACGGCAUAUGGCUUCUUUCCAUAAAUUAUCCAUGCCAUUUUCAAAAACCCCAUCAUUCAUAAUAAGAAUGUUUGAUAAAUAUCUUAGUCAGUUGACAAGCACACCUGAACAUUUACAUCGUCCAUCUCCAAAUUUUUCUUCAAAUACUUUAUCUGAAUUAGAAGCAAAAGGUUUCUCUUUUGCUAAUGAUGGACAUAUAUUGACGGAACCAUCUUACGAAGAAGCUAGAAAUAUGGUAUAUGAAUUAUCUCUCAUAGAGGAAUAUAAUUGGAUAAAAGAAAAAUUUGAAGUUCAUUAUGCUGAAGUAUUCCCAAUUGUAUUUUGCCAUAAUGAUUUCCAAGAAAAUAACCUACUUCUUUUAAAUGAUCCAAAAGUUGAUAAGGUCUAUCGUAUUCUACCAAUCGACUUCGAAUACUCUGGUUAUAAUUAUCGUGCUUUUGAUGUUGGGAAUCAUUUUAAUGAGUGGUGUUAUGAUUACACGAACCCUGAUCAACCGUAUUAUCUUCACAACAUUGAAAACUACCCAGAUCGUUCAAAACAAAGGCUUUUUUGGAAAGCAUAUCUAACUGAAACUUAUUCAAAUGUAGAAAAUGAUCAUUUUAGUAAAAGAAAUGGUAAUUUCAAUUGUGUUGAUAAUUAUGAACAUAAUAAUAAUAAUGUUGUUCGAUUUGCUAAUCAUCAUGAAGAGGAUUGUGAUUAUGAAAAUUUAUGGAUUGAAACAAUCUAUGGUUCAUUAUUAUCACAUUUAUUUUGGUCUGCAUGGUCACUUGUUCAAAGUCAAUUAUCAAGUAUUCAGUUUGAUUUUAUGGAUUAUGCUAAAGUUCGUAUGAAACAUUAUCAUCUUAUGAAAUCUUGCUGGGGACUGAGUGUUCUCUCUCACUUCCAGUCUGUCUUCAGACCAGCAAUACGCUAUCUUCAAUCUGUUAGCAUACUCAGAGCUUGCAAACAGCAUAUACUUUAUCGUAAUAUGGACUUCUAUAUCAAUGUGCCUCCUCCCGUGCAUUUUCUUGAUGUUACUGAAGCGUUCAAAUCACUUAGCAAUGUGGAAAAGGAUUAUGUUUUCAGCUGCACACAAGCGUCUUGGAUUGGAGGUCUCAUAGGAUUAAUUCAAACAUCUCCUGAGUCUGCUGGAAUAUUUUUGUUUGUCAGUCGCUUUUUCCAUUUGGAGAACGUACAUUCCUUUGUUGAAAAAGCGACAAAAAAUAAUUUUUCCGAUGAGGAAAUAACCCACAUUUUAUCUUAUUUCGCCUCAGUGCUGGGUAAUUUCGGGAAUUACCUGUCUUUUGGGGACACCAAGUUCAUCCCAGCUAUCAAUGUCGACAGGGUAACAGAAUUUUUAUCGUUGAGCAGUGAAUUUUCUAAUUCAGAAACUGGUCUUAAAGCUUUAUGGAAAGAAAUAGCUCCAGCCAUCUAUUCGUUAAGUCCUCGCCGUUUACGCCUUGGUUUUAGUCCCACUGAAAUAACGUCUUAUUACUCUGAAGACUGUAUUCGAAGUGAUGCUGAACUAGUUCAAAAAUAUCUGGAAAACGUUAAAAUUGAAGCGUAUAAUACUCGACUUUUAAGAGUAGUAACUCCAACUCCAAAGUUUAUUCGAUUCGAAAUGUGGGAUCAUUAUGCUCAGAGCUUUUAUACUGGGUCCUUAGACUCUCACAAAGAUGCUUCUAGACUAUGGGUCAAGGACAAAUGCCCUGUGGUUGAAAAUUACAUUGGCUUUAUUGAAACUUAUCGUGAUCCUUUAGGUGUACGUGCAGAGUUCGAGUCAUUUGUCGCAGUUGUGAAUCGAUCAAUGUCAUCUAAAUUUCAGCGGCUAGUAGAUAAUGCUGUUGACUUGUUAUCUAAUUUGCCAUGGCCUUCUACUUACGAAAAAGACAGGUUCUUACAACCAGACUUUACAAGUUUGGACGUAGUAACGUUUGCAACCUCAGGAAUCCCUGUUGGAAUUAACAUUCCUAACUAUGAUGAUGUGCGCCAAGUUGAUGGAUUUAAAAAUGUAUCCUUGGGGAAUGUACUCAGUGCUCGCUUCAAGGACCCUAAAUCAGAAUUUCUCCGAGAGGAAGACAAAAAGUUGUAUGUGGAUCAUGCGGAAAGUUCUUUCGAACUUCAAGUUGGACUUCAUGAAUUGUUAGGCCAUGGUUCUGGGAAGCUCUUUCAACGUAGUGGCGAUGGAAUACUGAAUUUUGACACAAAUUCUACGAAAGAUAUCAUAAGUGGAGGUCCCAUACGUAGUUGGUAUGAACCAGGCGAAACAUACGACAGCAAAUUUUCGAGUUUGUCUUCGGCAAUUGAAGAAUGUCGAGCUGAAUGUGUUGGAAUUUAUCUAUGCAAUUUACCACUUGUCUUGGAACAGUUUAAUCUUAAUACUAAUUGCUCUACAGACAGUGUUCCAGAUGUUGUCUACGUUAAUUGGUUGUCCAUGGUUCGUUCAGGCGUAACUUCUAUGGAAUUCUAUUCACCUGCAGAAAACGCUGGCGAUAUUGGUUCGUGGCGUCAGGCACAUUGCUGUGCUCGUUAUGUGAUUUUGCGGGUUUUAAUUGAAGCUGACAAUUCGCUGGUACAUGUAGACGAAAUAGUUGGUGAUGAUGGUGCACCUGAUUUAACUAUUUUCUUAGAUCGCCAAAAGCUUUUGACAGUGGGUCGUCCGGCAAUUGGCGAAUUUUUACGAAAAAUUCAGUAUUAUAAAAGUACAGCCAAUGCUAAAGAUGGUUGCGCCUUCUUCCAGCAUUAUUGUCAAUUGCUACCAGAACAUAUUAAAUUGCGCCAAAUUGUGAUUAAUCGCAAAAAACCCCGACCUAUUUUCGUUCAACCUGGACUCCGUAAAACCCCUCACGGUGUUGAACUAAUAUCAUAUCCUACAACUUAUGCCGGUGUAAUACAAUCAUUCGUGGAUCGUUAUGGUGAUUUGCCUCUUGGGCAGAAAGCUCUUGAUGCGCUAGAAACAAUUUGGCGCCGUGAACUUCCGUAUUUCAAAAACAUACCACUUUAA